AUGGGAAUCCUUAAUCUUUAUUCACGUAUGGUUUAUGAUUCACGAGGUAAUCCUACUGUUGAAGUUGAAGUGGUUACAGAAACUGGAAUUCAUCGAGCAAUUGUACCAUCUGGUGCUUCUACAGGAAUUCAUGAAGCUUUAGAGUUACGUGAUAACAGUUUUUCUUGGGGAGGGAAAGGUGUUAGUUGUGCUGUUUCCAAUGUUAAUAAUAUUAUUUCCCCUGCUCUUUUGAAGGCAAACAUUGAUAUUAAAGAUCAAAGUGCUAUAGAUAAUUUUCUUAUUACUCUUGAUGGUACUUCUAAUAAAUCAAGGCUUGGUGCUAAUGCUAUUCUUGGUGUUUCUCUUGCUAUAUCUAGGGCAGCAGCAGCAGAGAAGAAAGUUCCUCUCUAUCAACAUUUUGCGGAUAUAGCUGGUACCAAAAAGCCGUUUGUUCUCCCUAUUCCGUGUUUUAAUGUUCUUAAUGGGGGAUCUCAUGCUGGUGGAAGACUAGCUUUUCAAGAGUUUAUGAUUCUUCCUACUAGUGCUACUACAUUCCAAGAAGCUAUGCAGCAAGGUUCUGAAGUUUAUUCUGUUUUAAAGAAACUUGCUAAAGAAAGAUAUGGACAAUCUGCUGGGAAUGUUGGAGAUGAGGGAGGUGUUUCACCUGAUAUUCAAACAGCUGAUGAAGCUCUUGAUCUUAUUGUUGAUGCUAUUGAAAAAGCUGGAUAUACUGGAAAAAUAAAAAUUGCAAUGGAUGUUGCUGCAAGUGAAUUUUACAAAGAUGGAAAAUAUGAUUUAGAUUUUAAAAACCCUAAAAGUGACCCUUCGCAAUAUAAAACUUCUGAAGAGCUCUCAAAUAUUUAUUUAGAGCUUUCUGAAAAAUAUCCUAUAGUUUCUAUUGAAGAUCCAUUUGAUCAAGAUGAUUGGGAUGCAUGGACAUAUUUGUGUAAAAAUGCUAACUUUCAGGUUGUUGGUGACGACUUAACUGUUACAAAUGUUGAUCGAAUAAAAAAGGCUAUUAAUAAAAAAGCUUGUAAUUGUUUACUUUUAAAAAUUAAUCAAAUAGGAACUGUUUCCGAGAGUAUUGAUGCAUUUAAAAGUGCAGUUGAUGCUGGAUGGGGGGUUAUGGUUUCUCAUCGUAGCGGUGAAACUGAAGAUACAGUUAUUGCAGACCUUGUUGUUGGUCUUAGUACUGGUCAAAUCAAAACUGGUGCACCAUGUCGUUCAGAGCGUGUAGCGAAAUAUAAUCAACUUUUAAGGAUUGAAGAAAAUCUUGCUGAUCCUAAAUAUGCUUCAGAUAAAUAUAUUAAAAAUAUAAAAUAG